GUGCCGCCGCCCGCAGCGUGCCUUGCUGUUACCGUGUGUAUAUAUAGCCCGGAGCCCGGCUCGGAAUCUUGUACCGGUACCACUCGGCAGACACACACGAGCUAACUAGUAGAGACUCGGGAGCAGAGGACAGGUAGCGCCGGCGAGUGAUCGGAGCGAGAUGGCGAGAAUGGCGGUGGUGGCGGUGGUGGUGGUGGUGGCAGCCGUGCUCGCCGGCGGCGCGCGGGCGCAGCUGAGGGAGGGGUUCUACGAGCACAGCUGCCCGCAGGCGGAGAAGAUCAUCAAGGACUACGUGAUGGAGCACAUCCCCCACGUGCCAUCCAUCGCCGCCACCCUCCUCCGCACGCACUUCCACGACUGCUUCGUCAGGGGCUGCGACGCGUCGGUGCUGCUGAACGCGACGGGCGGGAACGAGGCGGAGAGGGACGCGGCGCCCAACCAGACGCUGCGCGGCAACGGCUUCAUCGACCGCGUCAAGGCGCUCGUCGAGAAGGAGUGCCCCGGCGUCGUCUCCUGCGCCGACAUCCUCGCCCUCACCGCCCGCGACUCCGUCGUCGCCACCGGCGGGCCGUCCUGGAGCGUGCCGACGGGGCGGCGCGACGGCACGGUGUCCAUCAAGCAGGAGGCGCUGGACCAGAUCCCCGCGCCCACCAUGAACUUCACCGAGCUCCUCCAGUCGUUCCAGAACAAGAGCCUCGACCUCGCCGACCUCGUCUGGCUCUCAGGGGCUCACACCAUCGGCAUCGCGCACUGCAACUCCUUCACGGAGCGGCUCUACAACUUCACCGGGCGCGGUGGCCCCGGCGACGCGGACCCGUCGCUGGACCCGCUGUACGCGGCGAACCUCCGCCGGACCAAGUGCAAGACGCCGACGGACAACACCACCAUCGUCGAGAUGGACCCGGGGAGCUUCCGGACCUUCGACCUCAGCUACUACCGUGGCGUGCUCAAGCGCCGGGGCCUGUUCCAGUCCGACGCCGCGCUCAUCACCGACGCGGCGGCCAAGGCCGACAUCCUCACCGCGGUGAACUCGCCGCCCGAGUUUUUCUCCCAGGUGUUCGCGCGCUCCAUGGUGAAGAUGGGCGCCAUCGAGGUCAAGACCGGGUCCGAGGGCGAGAUCAGGAAGCACUGCGCCAUCGUCAACAAGCACUAGGCGGGAAUCCAUCUCAUUGGGAUACCGGUGGAUACAUGGCUACAUGCAUGGUCUGCAUUUGCAGGCGCAUUCGGUGGUGGUGCAUGGAUCGUGCUGUUUGAAUGUUCAGUUGAUUAUGGGGUGUUCAUUCUUUUGUUUCCUUUGUGAUGUUCAUUGAGGUGUUUUUUGCAGUUUCUGUUUGAGCUGUAACUAUGUCAUGUACGCCUUUUUGUUCUUGUUAUUCCUGCAACUGUAAGUUAUUUCAGUGAUUGGUACCCAUGGAGGUGAGAAUAAAGAAGGGGAAACGUUCUGUUA